AUGUCGCUAACACUAAAGCUCUCUUCUCUGGCAAUCAGGACUCUGUCCAAGCCCAUUGCCUCUCAAAUUAAAGCCCAGGCUCGUGAACAUGAGCGGUUUCGCAGGAUCUGUGUCUCCAUGGCCCAGGCCCUUCACCGAUUCGAUAUGCGUCUCCGGUUAGGAUCUCUUCGCGACACUGCCGCCUCCCAACGACAAGCUGCAGCCGAAGCCGAAGUCCGGAAACAUAAACCAUCAAUGCCUACCGUUCUAACCGCCGCUGACACAAGAGCUGCCGAAGAAGCAGAAGCUAAGGCCAAGGCGGCCGCAGAAGAAGCAGCCAAGCCUCAUCACAUCCGUAUCCGUCCUCUAUCCGAAUCCAAGGCCAUCGAGUCAGGCGCCAACUUUAUCUCUGAGUCCUUUCUUUUCCUCGUUGCCGGCAGCCUGAUCCUCUUCGAAUCCUGGCGGUCACGAAACAAGGAAAGCACGCGUCGGGAAGGCGUGGAGGGAAGACUUGCGGAGUUGGAACAGUCAGAACUGGCAGCACGGGUUGCUCUAGUUGCCCUGGAGAAAGAGGUCCUUCAGUUAAGAGCGAAGCACGGCGACUUGCCCAAGUUGCCCUCGCAGAGGAUUCUUUCCCGUGAGAUCUAUGAACAGGCCCCAGAGUUGGAUACCGAAGAAGUUGCACAGGGAUGGCUCUCCCGCAUUUCCUCGUACAUCUCAUUUGGUCAAAGUGCCGAGACCUCAUCUGAGCCUACGGCUAGUACCCAGCCCGCAGCAGAAAAAGCAAACCCAAAGUCGGAUGGGUCUGCUGCCCCAGUGAACAAGCUUUCGUUGCAUGCGUCAAAAAGCUCGUGA